GAGGAGCCGCUGUCCCGGGCCUGGCUGGUGUGCGUAUGGCUGCUGGACCCGGGCACCGCCGCCUGCCUGGGCACGGGACUGGGCGGAGGCGCUGACCUCGGCCUAGGAGGUUUAGGAUCCCGGAGACGCCGCUACCCGCUGGGGCCUGCGAGUCGCACGCCCUCCCCGAGCUUCUGCUCGCCGCUCCUUCGCGGGGCGAGGUCAGGUGUCCCCGUUCUCUUCUUUCCCUCCCCCACCUCGGUACCCGCGGGAGAUCCUGCCCGCCCCCUUUCUCAAGGGUGUAGCAGGCUGCGGAGCUGACGGCAGCCCCGCAGCCACCCUUCCCAAACUCUCCGGAAACCGCCCGAGCUCAGGCCGCUGCAGCUCCGGCGGACCCACUGUUGGACCAGAGGCCCGGUCCUCCUCCCGCGCCCAAACUUGGAGCACUUGACCUUUGACUGUCGGAGGAGGCAGGCCCGCAGGUGGCUGGACAGCUGCGGCCCUGAGAGGGCAUCUUGCCUGGGGACCGUCGGCUGCACUCCCGGACUCCGGGCUUUGCUUCUGGGAUUGCAAGGUGUCCACUUAAGGCGCAUGUGGAUUGAGACCUAGAGUCAUGGAUGUUUGCGCUCGUCUUGCCCUGUGGCUCCUCUGGGGGCUUCUCCUGCAUCAGGGCCAGAGCCUCAGUCAUAGUCAUAGCGAGAAGGCCACAGGAACCGGCUCAGGGGCCACUUCUGAGGAGUCCACUGCAGCAGAGUUCUGCCGGAUUGACAAGCCCCUGUGUCACAGUGAGGAUGAGAAGCUCAGCUUUGAGGCAGUCCGCAAUAUCCACAAGCUGAUGGAUGAUGAUGCCAAUGGGGAUGUGGAUGUGGAAGAAAGUGAUGAGUUCCUGAGGGAAGACCUCAAUUACCAUGACCCAACAGUGAAGCACAGCACCUUCCAUGGUGAGGACAAGCUCAUCAGCGUGGAGGACCUGUGGAAAGCAUGGAAGUCCUCAGAAGUAUACAAUUGGACCGUGGAUGAGGUGGUACAGUGGCUGAUUACAUAUGUGGAACUGCCUCAGUAUGAGGAGACCUUCCGGAAGCUGCAGCUCAGUGGCCAUGCUAUGCCAAGGCUUGCUGUAACCAAUACCACCAUGACAGGAACUGUGCUGAAGAUGACAGAUCGGAGCCAUCGGCAGAAGCUGCAGCUGAAGGCCCUGGACACAGUGCUCUUUGGGCCUCCUCUCUUGACCCGCCACAAUCACCUCAAGGACUUCAUGCUGGUGGUAUCUAUUGUUAUUGGUGUGGGCGGCUGCUGGUUUGCCUAUAUCCAGAACCGUUACUCCAAGGAGCACAUGAAGAAGAUGAUGAAGGAUUUGGAGGGUUUACACAGAGCUGAGCAGAGUUUGCAUGACCUUCAGGAAAGGCUACACAAGGCCCAGGAGGAACACCGCACAGUGGAGGUGGAGAAAGUCCAUCUGGAGAAGAAGCUACGUGAUGAGAUCAACCUGGCCAAGCAGGAAGCCCAGCGGCUGAAGGAACUGCGGGAGGGUACUGAGAAUGAGCGGAGCCGCCAAAAAUAUGCUGAGGAAGAGCUGGAGCAGGUUCGGGAGGCCUUGAGAAAAGCAGAGAAGGAGCUGGAAUCACACAGCUCAUGGUAUGCUCCAGAGGCCCUUCAGAAGUGGCUACAGCUGACACAUGAGGUGGAGGUGCAGUACUACAACAUCAAGAAGCAAAAUGCUGAGAAGCAGCUGCUGGUGGCUAAGGAGGGGGCUGAGAAGAUAAAAAAGAAGAGAAACACACUCUUUGGUACCUUCCAUGUGGCCCACAGCUCUUCCCUGGAUGAUGUGGAUCAUAAAAUCCUAACAGCUAAGCAAGCCCUGAGCGAGGUGACAGCAGCACUGAGGGAGCGCCUGCACCGCUGGCAACAGAUCGAGAUCCUCUGUGGUUUCCAGAUUGUUAAUAACCCUGGCAUGCACUCACUGGUAGCUGCCCUCAAUAUAGAUCCCAGCUGGAUGGGCAGUACACGCCCAAACCCCACCCACUUCAUCAUGACCGACGACGUGGAUGACAUGGAUGAGGAAAUUGUGUCACCGUUGUCCAUGCAGUAUGCUGCCUGGCUGAUGGGGCGUAGGUUCAGUGACCGCUCUCUCUGCUCUACAUCCGCCGGCUCGGAUGAUCAGUCCCUCUGGAAAUACCCCGCCCCCAGCCUGCAGAGCAGUGUCCGGCAGCGCCUGACGGAACCACAGCAUGGCCUGGGAUCUCAGAGGGAUUUGACCCAUUCCGAUUCGGAGUCCUCCCUCCACACGAGUGACCGCCAGCGUAUGGCCCCCAAGCCUCCUCAAAUGGGCCGUGCUGCAGAUGAGGCUGUCAAUGUGAUGACUUCCAAUGGUAGCCACCGGCUGAUUGAGGGGGUUCACCCAGGAUGCCUGGUGGAGAAACUGCCUGACAGCCCUGCCCUGGCCAAGAAGGCAUUACUGGCGCUGAACCAUGGGCUGGACAAGGCCCAUAGCCUGAUGGAGCUGAGCCCCUCAGCCCCAUCUGGUGGCUCCCCACCUUUGGAUUCUUCCAGUUCUCAUGGCCCGAGUUCCCCAGACCCAGACACACCAUCUCCAGUUGGGGACAGCCGAGUCCUGCAGGCCAGCCGAAACACACGCAUUCCCCACUUGGCUGGCAAGAAGGCUGUGGCUGAGGAGGAUAAUGGUUCUAUUGGUGAGGAGACAGACUCCAGUCCAGGCAGGAAGAAGUUUCCCCUAAAAAUUUUUAAGAAGCCUCUUAAGAAAUAGGCAGGAUGGGGGUGGCAGUUGUGAGACAGCUUGUCCUUCCCUGGGUCUUCUGCCUUCCCUUCCUUCGAAAUAUCUGGCCCCUAGAUUGGGGCAUUGAAGGUCUGGCCCAGGGGCCUGGGUACUGUACAUACCUGCUGCCUCCAUCCUCGGUCCUUCAUCAUUAUUUAUUAACUGACCACCGAAGCCUGCCUGCCCUGCUUCCCUCCCAACCGUGGGCUGCUGCUGUCACUCCCUCUCCACUUCAGUGCAUGUCUUAGUUGCUGUUCCUUCAGCUCCCAGCUCCUCUGGGGUCCAGCUUCUGUCUGCUGUCCCAUUUUUGAGGUUUGGUUUUUUGUUUCUCUGUCUCCUGCUUUCAGGCUCCUCCCUCCCACCAUAUCCCAACUUCCCCUAGCAGUUGUGGGGAAAACAGGAGGAAUAACUUCUGACACUCGUGCCUCAUAUCUCUUUACCCAUGUAUAGUGGUUCUGUUGGCCCCUGACUGGGGCCAAGGGCCUAAUAUGUGACAUUUGUUCUUUGGGAGUAUGGUGGGCUGAAGAGAACCUCAUGCUGGAGCUCACUCAGGUCUCUAGGGAUCCAUAGGGGAGUGAACCAAUUCCCAGAGAACAAGUCACCAGAGUUUUGAAGAGAGGCCAGGCUAGGGAUGGACUGGGAGAGACCUCUCUUAGUUGGAGGAAGACUGAAUGCCAGAGCCAUGGGCUAUAAGGCAGUCACCUUUUCUCUCGUUGCAUCCACAUCUGCCUCCCUUUACCCUGCUCCCCCAUACUGUAGGAGUGUUCGUCUCUAAGAGGUGCUGCCUCAAAGCAUCCCCAAGUAUACUCCUUGGGCUUAAAACAAUUGGCUUCCCUGGCUAUGGGAACCACAGUUGUAACAGAGGGUUCUUGUGGAGCCCUGGAGCUGCUGGACAAGGAUGUUGCUGUAUUUGAACCAAAAAGACAAAACAGUUUAAAACAAAUCUCCUGAAUUUCCCAAGUGCCUGCACAGCAUACUCCCACUUAGACCCCAUUUUCAUAUUACUGCAUAGCCUGGGCCAAAAUGGACACAACCAAUUUGGGGAAGGGAUGGCAAAGGGAGAUGGUAUAUGUGAAGGCUGUUGUGUGAUCACUUCCCCCCAACCUUUCCAUCUUCUAGACAACUCUCUCUUUUACCUGUUUUUGCUAUGGCUGUAAAAGUAUUUUUCCCCUAUGCCCCAUUCUGCCAUGCCUUUAUCCUGGGAUCCUAUUUUGGGCCUGGGGUGGGUGCACCUAGGGCUGGUCUUAGGAGGGUGCUAGGCUCCAGACUGCCUUGUAUCCCCUGGACACCCUCACAUGGGUUUUUCUGUGUUAUUUCAUAAGACUCUUUGAAGUCCAAUAAAGCAUGUAGGAGAUUUUAA